AUGAAACUCACUAAUCCGUUGCCGCAGCCUCUCCCAAAGGAAUGCGAAAAAGCUGCAAAAAUAUUCAAAUCUUUCGUGACUAGCGGCAAUAAUGGCCUUGAUGGCGUCAUACCACGAGAAAUCCUGGAAAGAGCCAAAGGGUUUGCGAUCUUCACCAUAGUCAAAGCGGGUUUCGUCUUCUCUGCUAGAGCUGGAAGUGGCAUCGUUAUCGCCAGGUUGGACGACGGCACAUGGUCUGCUCCGAGUGCCAUAGGCACUGCGGGGCUCGGGGUCGGAGGUCAAGCAGGUGCAGAGAUGACUGAUUUUUUGAUUGUCCUCAAUUCUCGAGCUGCCAUUAGAUCCUUUAUGGCUGCUGGCUCAUUAACUCUAGGUGGAAAUAUGAGCCUUGCCCUUGGCCCACUAGGCCGCAACGGUGAGGCAUCUGGAAGCUUAAGUACAAAUGGCAAGGUAGCCGCAAUGUAUAGCUAUUCGAAAACUCGUGGCCUCUUUGGAGGCGUCUCUGUUGAAGGUUCAGUCAUUGUCGAACGUCAGGACGCCAAUGCUCAGGCUUACAAUUCGCCGGUGACUGCCAGGCUUCUGCUCGGAGGCACCGUGGAUCGUCCUCAGUGGGCAAUGCCUUUGAUUAAAACCUUGGAGGCCUGCACCGGGAUGCCUGGAAAUCGCGAAUGGAUAAAUGACGAUGCUGACCGGACACCGGGCGGUACAUAUGCUUUCGGAGGUGUUUCGAGCCCCGAUUCAGUCUCCAGAACAUCCUCUAGAUCCCCAUCUUUUCUACGAAAGAAGAAAAAAGCCGAACCACCUAGCUUCCCACCUGCUUCAUGGGGUACAGAAAUAAAUGGAGGCUCCUACUUCAGCGAUCCAGCGCCCCAGUCUCAUUCGCGAAAUAUGACCUGGGAUGGAGGCAACCGAACCAACGUCGAUCCGUUUGGUUCACCAAAUCCGAUGGAUCAAUCUUACCAGUCUGCUAUACCUGUAACAUCAGCAAUUUCCGCAGAUUCCAUGCAUCGUCGGGCAUCAUCAUUAUCAUAUUCAUCUUCAACAGAACCGGGGAAUCCUUUCUUGCCGUCGACAACUACUCAACGCAAUGCGCCAGUCCCAUACAUCAAACCUAGAAUAGAAUUGACCACUCCUUUACCCCGACAUGAAGGUGUUGCUCGUGCAAUUGCCAUAUAUGAUUUCCAAGCUGCGGAGCCGGGUGAUCUUUCAUUCCGCAAGGGUGAUGUCAUUGUAAUCACGAAGAAGAGUGACACUACAGACGAUUGGUGGACAGGGAAAAACAACGGCCAGGAGGGGAUUUUUCCAGCCAAUUUUGUGGAUAUAGUGUGA